ACGUCUGACCAGGCGGCCGAAAUAUCUAUAUAUAUGUUUUUAUAUCAGUAUAUGCGCAGUGUUUGUGUAAAACGGAUGUGUAUGUAAAUAAUUAUGGCGAAUUUGUGUGUUUUAUUCUGUGUUUUUUUGUGUGUGCAAUUAGUGUACUGCCAGUUUGGUUUCCUCUCGAACCGUGAGGAGCGACGACAGAGUCCAAACUUCAAUUUCCAAAACCUUCUGAAUCCAAAUAGAAUAAGAGAUAGACUUACAGGUCUUCUACACUUUAGACCCGAUGAUAGAGACGGUAACCCAAGCUACAUAUAUCCAUUUAGAAGACCAGGGAUCACAAAUGCACAGACAGGAAGGCCAGCCUAUCAGGAGGACCAAUAUGGUGGUAACUAUCAAAAUUAUCCAAACCAAAAUGGAUAUAAUACGAUAGCAUUUCCUGUCAAUCCAAAUAAUGGACAAAACUAUCAUAAUACAAACCUAAACCCAACGAAUAUAAACCAACCAAAUUAUGAAUAUGGAAACCAAUAUCAACCAUAUGCUAAUAACCAACCUUACAAUAAUGGACAAAUACCAAAUACCAAUCAAAAUUACGAACAAAAGCCUAACGAUAAUGCCAAAGAGAUUCCUAACGACCCAGUGAACUUUGAAGAGCCUAGUUCGACUGAAGCAGUAAUAGAUCCAGUGAAAGUUGUAGAUAAUUCUGAAGAUCCAGCACCUGUGCCUCUUGAAAUCGGAACAGUGAAGCCUGCUCUUGAAACUGGAACAGUCAACUUUGGGGAGACGAAUGGAGUGACACAAUUGCCUGUAUUGACUCCUGUGCCUGAUACGGACAAGAGGAACAACUUCAAUUUCGGAUCGGCUGGAAUUUUCCAGGAAACUUGCCAAACGGUGGACAAUGAGAUAGGCAGUUGCAUCUCGAUCUUGAGCUGCGAACCUUACCUGAGGGUCGUGAAGGAGUCCCGGACUAACCCUGAUGCUGUACAGCUGUUGAGACGGGCCCAUUGUGGAUUCGAAGGGAAUAAUCCUAAGGUAUGCUGUCCCAGACCCGGCAUUCCUUCGGAACCAUCACAGCCCACAACCACCACUACCACCACGGCAGCACCACCAGAGACCCCCCGUCCAGAACCGCCUGAGGGGAAAUCCUCCGAAGACUUUUUGGAUGAGUUCCCAUCCCCGCCAGUGUGUGGGAAAGCUAAUGGCGGUGUCAGCAGAGUGGUGGGAGGAGAACCAGCUCUUCUAGGUGCGUUCCCAUGGAUGGCGCUGUUGGGCUACAAGCCGAAGCGAGGCGGCGCAGGCGCACGUUGGCUAUGCGGAGGCAGCUUGGCCAGCUCCCGACACGUCAUCACAGCUGCGCACUGCAUACAUCUAAUGGAGAACAGCUUAUUCCUAGUCCGCCUGGGCGAGCUGGACCUGGCUUCGGAGAACGACGGCGCCACCCCCGUGGACGUCCUCAUCAAGAAGAUGAUGAAGCAUGAAGAAUACAACCCCAAGUCACACAGCAACGAUAUAGGAGUCCUUCUGCUUGAUAAGGACGUACAGUUCACUGCUCUCAUAAGGCCGAUCUGCCUACCCCAAGAGACUGAAUACCGAUCGCAGACAUUCGAGAAGUACUCCCCCAUGAUUGCUGGUUGGGGGGCAGUUGAGUAUCAUGGCCCUUCAGCGACUCAUCUCCAAGUGGUGCAGCUACCAGUCGUGACCAACAACCAGUGUUCCCAGGCCUACUCCAGCUACCCCAUAGUGAACAUAGACCAGAGCAUCAUCUGUGCCGGGUUCCUGAAGGGGGGGAAGGACGCCUGCCAGGGUGACAGUGGGGGGCCAUUGAUGCAGCCUCUCUUCAACAUGACCACCCACGCGGCAUAUUUCUAUCAGAUCGGCGUGGUUUCCUUCGGGAAGAAGUGUGCUGAGCCAGGGUUCCCGGGGGUCUACUCCAGGAUCACACACUACAUACCCUGGCUUCAGGAGAAGAUGCUGGGUGUGGCUAAGAAGUAGAUGUUUAGUAAUCAAAUAUGUGAUCUUAAGACUAAAGAUUCGGGCGUUUUUUGAUAACUAUCAGCAUAUAAGUUGGUUGACCUAUGAGUAUUGAUAUGUGUAUGUUUGGCUGGUAAAUUAAAAUAAAAGGCCUUUUUGCCGCCAUUUUGGUCCGACUUUAUGUGAAUGAGAUGAGACUCUGGGUGUUGUAAAUGUUUUUAAUUAUCUUAUAAGAACUUAAUGAGUAAGCGCCUAUUGCAAAUUAUCGGUAGGAGACGAAGUAUAUAUAUAUAUAUAUAUAUAUGUUAAUUAAAUUUACAUAUUAUAUUGAGUCCCACAAAUUUUAAUUGCAUAGAUUUGGAAGCCUUUAAGCUAAACGGGGCCUUUCAGGCUUCAAGAUUGUUAGCUCUGUCUACCCCGCAAGGGAUACAGACGUGAUUAAUACAUACAUAUGUGGAAAAUACGUAUCUGCGCGAGUAUUAGCAAAAUCAUCGUUUAUCUACUUUUUAUCUAUAAAACGUAACAUUUUUGUCAUAAAAUUUAUAGAACUCAUUAUUGACCCCAUAAUAACUCUUAUUUAUUCAUAAUAAGUUCAGCUGAUCUACCCCAGAUAAGGUAGACAGAACCUCAAAUUUAUAAUAAAUAAGGCCUAAAAUUUUUGGAAGCCAUUAUAAUUAUUUAUUUCUAGAAUAAGCUAUAAUGCUUUGGUUGUGAUUAUGUCGGGAUUGACUGAAUUUAAUUAGAUCUGCAUUAAAUAUCACUUUUAUUACAAAUAAAACGUGUUAUGUCAUUCAAGUAUUGUUAAAAUUAUUUAUUGAAAAUAGUUACCAUAAUGAUAAUUGAAAUUAGAAACUGUUACAAAUAAACUUCGAUCAACUAUAAACAGUCAAUGCAAAUAAAUAUCAAAUCAAAUAAAACAUAUUUUUAUAUUUUUCUUUUCUGAUUACUUUUAACGUCAGAAAAUACAACAGUUCUUAUGUUUUACCUACUUACUAUAAUCUUUUUAACUGUACCUAUACAUAUUUCUACACUUUGAAAUAACUAAUUAUUACUAAUUUUUUUUUCAAAUUUCUAUUUUUUUAUUUUUUUAAUACUUACUUAAGUAGGAAUACGUUUCUAAAACAUAGUGGUUAGACAAAUUGAAAAAUUAUGAAAAAAGAUGAAAACUACGGUAUAUUCUACUUUGAUCACCCAGAUAAUGGCAAAUUACCUGGGUGAUCAAAAUUAACAAGAUUUGUUUCCACAUUUUUGUUUCCUUGAUAGCAUAUCACCUCGGUGAUUCAAAAUCAACAAGAUUGGAACUUUAUUGCCAAAUACCAGUUAAAUUUACUUAUAGUUACCAUGUUGCAUAAUAUUUAAGGAUCCCAUGUCAUUUUGAUAAUAUAAACAUGAAUGUUUUAAUUUAAUAAGUUUGAAAUAAGUAUUGUUUAAUUUAUUUAGAUUAAGAAACACACAGCACCAUUUUAAAAAUGAUGCACCAGUGUGCCGCCACGUGAACAAAACCCUCUGUUUAAUAAAAUAUAAUUUCAUUAAAAAAUAUUUU